GCUGAUUUCGAUAGAAGUUCAAAAGAUAAAAAUACAAAAUUCUGAAUUAAUUUAAUAUGUACUAUAUGUAUAAAUAAAUAACUUACAAAUUUUAGUUAUAUUGCAUAUAGUAUUAAUUUUUCUUGUGAAUUUAUUUCUUCUUAUAAUGAUUUUAAAAAAAAUCAAUGUAGCCUAUCGUUACUCCAGAUUAAUUUCGAAACACAAAAGUGUCGUAUUAUUAAACACAACAAAUAUUGUAAAAAGUUGUAGCACAACUAUUAAAAAAAAAAAUGAAUACAAAUUUGAUGGACCGAGCUUAAAAGACUUUAUUGCAAAAGAUUUACCUCAAGAACAAAUUGAGCUUGUAAAUAAUGAAGACAAAAUUCCAUAUGUGGAUGAUAUGGUUGAUUUAGGACAAAAUAGAAAAGUAUAUAUUGAAGUAUAUGGUUGUCAAAUGAAUGUUAAUGACGCUGAAAUUGUAUGGUCUAUAUUACAAAACGAAGGUUAUAUUAAAACGAACAGUAUUUAUGAAGCAGAUGUAAUUUUACUUGUAACAUGUGCUAUUCGUGAUAGUGCUGAAAAUAAAAUAUGGACACGUAUUAAACAAUUACGGUCAGUUAAACGAUGGAGAGGUUGUAUGGCAGAACGAUUAAAAGAGAAAUUGGUGAGUGAUUCAAAGGGAGCUAUAGAUCUUGUAGCUGGUCCUGAUAGUUACAGGGACUUGCCAAGACUUUUAGCUAAAACUGAAGCCGGACAAAAAGCAAUUAAUGUCUUACUAUCAUUUGAUGAAACUUAUGCUGAAAUAAAACCUGUUAAGUUAAAUGAUGACAAUGUUACUGCAUAUGUAUCUAUAAUGCGAGGUUGUGAUAACAUGUGCACUUAUUGUAUUGUUCCUUUUACCAGAGGUCGUGAACGUUCUAGGCCUGUUGAAUCAAUAUUAGAUGAAAUCAAAUAUUUAUCAGAAAAAGGCUUCAAGGAAGUAACUCUAUUGGGUCAAAAUGUUAAUAGCUAUCGUGAUUUGAGUACUUCUUCAUUUUUUAUGCCUUCAACUAAUACAUUAGCAUCAGGAUUUAAAACUGUUUACAAAGAGAAGAAAGGUGGUGUUCGAUUUGCUGAACUACUAAAUAGAGUAUCUGAUGUUGAUCCGGAAAUGCGAAUAAGAUUUACUUCACCACAUCCAAAAGAUUUUCCUGAUGAAGUUUUGGAUAUUAUUUUGGAGAAACCUAAUGUAUGCAAAAAUUUACAUUUACCAGCUCAAUGUGGAAGUACAGAAGUUUUGGAGAAAAUGAGAAGAGGUUACACACGUGAAUCGUAUUUAAGCUUAGCUCAGCAUAUAAGAGAUCGACUACCCGGUGUAACAUAUUCUAGUGAUUUCAUAGCUGGCUUUUGUGGUGAAACUGAUGAAGAAUUUGAAGAUACUAUUAGCUUGAUGGAAACUGUAAAAUAUCAUAAUGCUUUCUUAUUUGCAUACAGUAUGAGAGAAAAAACAACAGCAUAUCGUCGUUAUAAAGAUGAUGUUCCACAUGAAAUUAAAGUAGAAAGAGUAAAAAAGAUGUUUAAUGUAUUUAGAAGAGAUGCAGAAAUUUUAAAUAAACAAUUUGUUAAUACUGAACAGCUUAUGUUAGUUGAAGGUGAAAGUCGUAGAGGCCCAUCUGACCUAUGUGGACGAACAGAUGGAAACAUAAAAGUUAUUAUUCCAAAUACUAAAUUACCUCUUGAAGAAUCAUCGUUUAAUCAAGAUAUUAAACCUGGCGAUUAUAUUACAGUAAAGAUAAUUGAAUCAAACUCGCAAGUAUUAAAAGGCAUGCCUCUAAAACAUACAGGUCUCCAAGAGUAUGAAAAAAAUAAAAAUAAAAAAAAUACCAACAUUUAUUAAAGAACAAUGAUGUUAAGUACACUUUUUAAAUGUAUUAUUGAUUAUUGAUUGAAAUAUGAAUAAAUAUUUUAUUGUUA